GGAGAAACAAAGAUUGGGACACCACCACGUUGGGACAACACAUGUGAGAGGAGGCCGAGGGUCUGCUAUCUAUCACCUCUGCCUGCAGCUACUCCUGCCUUUGCUGUUUUCAGAUUCAGAAACGAGAUCUGGAGAGCGGAGACGACUAGCUGCAGCUGCUCGACUAGCCGGCUGCCGUCUUCUUCCUCCCCCUCCCCGACCUACACUCUGCAAAUCUGAUCUCGCCCUCUCCCUCUCCUGCGCACCCCCUGAUAGUUGCUGCGAUUAGUCAGCGACUCAAAAAUCUUUGGUGCCAAGGCUUUUCCAGGGCACUCUACUCGCCGAGUGUAACUGUUAAUGGGUCGUCAAGCUAUUGCUGCACGGAAUGACCUCGAGCACAUGCUAUCUGACGAAAACGAACAGCCAAAGGCCUUGCCAUUAUCACUUUUGGAAGACAUCACAGAUGGUUUCUCUGAGAACCGUCAAAUUGGCAGCGGUGGGUUUGCGGUAGUUUAUAAGGGAGAGCUUGAGAAUGGGACCGUUGCUGUGAAGAAGCUGUUUGAAAGGCUUGAUAUUCCUGACGAUAAAUUUAAUGAAGAGAUUCGUUGUUUGAUGAGGGUGAAGCACAAAAAUGUAGUACGUUUUUUGGGCUAUUGUGCUAACACACAAGGCGAAAUAGUAGACGUGAUGGAGGUGUUAUCAUGGCACAUGGACGUCAAAGGUUGCUCUGCUUUGAGUAUGUACCUAAAGGAAGUCUUGAUGAGUAUAUCAAAGAUGCAUCUAAUGGACAUGACUGGAUUAAGACCUAUGCGAUAAUAAAUGGCAUUUGUGAAGGUUUACAUUACCUUCACCAGAAUCAUAUUGUUCACUUAGAUCUCAAGCCCGCAAAUAUUCUGCUGGAUGGCAAUAUGAUGCCAAAAAUUACCGACUUUGGGCUAUCAAGGUGCUUUGAUGAGAAGCAAACCCAAGCUAUUACCAAAAAUAUGGCUGGCACAUUAGGGUAUAUCGCACCAGAGUUUUAUAAUGGAUACAUACACACGAUCACAUACAAGUCGGACAUAUAUAGUCUUGGUGUCAUAAUUAUAGAGAUGCUGACUGGAAAGAAGUGGUAUCCAGCAUAUCCUGAUGUUCAUAAUGUACUUGAAAGUUGGAUGAAUAAGUUGGGGAAAUCACAGCAGGACACACAACUGAAACAGAUACGGUUAUGCACCGAGCUAGGGAUAGAGUGCACUGAUGGUAAACAAGCGAACAGGCCAGAUACAACGCAUAUUAUCACUAGACUUGGUGAAACAGAAAAUGCAUACAUCAUAACUGGUGUUAGUAGUUCAACGGUACCACAGGUAGAAAGGACUUUAGAAAAGCCGGAGGAUGGCACCAACAACUUGCUUCCGAGGAGGAAUAUUGUUCAUCUCAUGAAUGAUAAUGCCGAGAAAAAUGUUACUCCUUGGCAGGGGGCAGCUAAGAAUCUUCAUGCAACCCAAGAAUCUCUCAAUGAUAAUCAUCAUAUUGUUGCAGUCGAGUCUGGUUCAUCUACUGAGAAUCUUCAUGCAACCCAAGAAUGUCUCAAUGAUUAUCAUCACAUUGUUGCAGUCAAGUCUGGUCCAUCUAUGUCUGCUGAGGACUGUAACCUUAGAGAGGCCCAAAAAUGUCUCAAUCAUAAUCUUCACAUUUUUGCAGACGAGUUUGGUCCAUCUAUGUCUGUUGAGGCUCGUAACCUUCAAGAGGCUCUCCAACUCAUUAAAGAUGAUCCAGUGGGAGUGAUUGGAAUAUGGGGUCCAGGUGGAGUGGGGAAAACACACCUUUUGGACAAUAUAAAAAAGUCACUUGAUGGAAACAUGACCUUUAACUAUGUUUUAGAAGUGACGAUUUCAAGGGGGCGUUCGGUGGAAAAGAUCCAAACUGAUAUUGCACAACAACUCAAUCUGGAUGAAUUCAAGAAAGAUUCUGAUGUGCAAUUUAGAUGUCGUGUCAUUUAUAAUUUUUUGAAGAAGAGAAGCUUUCUUAUAUUGUUAGAUGACCUUUGGGACCAAAUUGAUCUGCAAGCAGUUGGCAUACCAUAUCCUCUUGGAAGUGUAAACCAAAUCAGGAGAAAAGUGGUACUCACAACUAGAUCAAGAAAAGUUUGUGGUCAAAUGGAGGUGAGAAAAGAAUUAAAAAUAGCUUGUCUGCAGGAGGAUGAGGCAUGGCAACUAUUCAAAAAGAAUGUCCGUCAUGAAACUUUUUCUUCUAAUCCCUGCAUUGAAACUCUUGGAAAAGAACUUCUGAAGGAAAUGAAGGGAUUGCCAUUAGCUUUGGUAACUAUAGGACAGACAAUGUAUGCAAAAACUGAUACGGCUGAGUGGGAAUAUGCCAUCCAAUAUAUGAAACAGUCAUGUUGUGUUAAUGAUGACCCGCUAGAUAUGGAAAAAGUUGUUUUCAGGCAGGUAAAGUUUAGUUUUGAUAGUUUACGAAACAACAUUUUGAGGAAAUGUUUCUUGACUUGUGCACUGUGGCCAGAGGAUCAGAAAAUUCCUAGAGAAAUGCUCGCUCGAUGUUGGAUUGGCUUAGGUCUCGUGUCUGAACCAAACAUACAAAGUUCCUACAGAACAGCAUAUUAUCUGAUGGGCGAACUUUCAGCUGCAUGCUUGUUAGAGCAGGACCAUGGAAUUAUAAUGUUCAAUGAAUAUCUUGGAAUGCAUGAUUAUGUUAAAAUGCAUGAUGUGGUUCGUGACAUGGCUUUAUGGAUCGCUUGUGGCUGCGGUAAGAAUAAUAGCAAGUGGUUUGUCCGCGCAGGAGUUGGUUGGGACGAAAAAAUUAACAUCCCUUGGAGUCAAGUUGAAUGUGUCUCAUUGAUGAUGAACUGGUUGUUGGAUUUUCCUCCUGUUGACUCUAAUCCUUGCCACAUGAGGAUGUUAUGCCUUGGAAAUGACGACUUGAGUAGAUUACCAUAUUACGAAAUCAGAAAAUUCACUUCACUGACAUACCUGGAUUUGAGCUUCAACAAGCUGGGUUUCAUACCUAAAGAAUUAUGUUCCUUGGCAAACCUGGAACACCUUGAUUUAUCGGGAAAUAGUGAUAUAAAAGUAGUGCCUCACUGUUUUGGAAACCUCAUUAAGCUCAAGUUCUUGUACCUAGAAGAGACUAGGAUACAGAUGUUACCAGAGGGGGUCAUAUCUAAACUUCAAGCAUUGCAAGUAAUAGAUAUCAGAACCCAUUGUUUGCCACGUCCAGUUUCUGAGAACAUAAGAAUGCUUCGAGAGUUGGGCGCCCUAACCAACUUGAAAGCAGUUGGUAUCUAUGUGGAGUAUCUAUGUGCACUACUAAAAAAAGGUGCUGACCUCCCCAUUAGGUAUUUAAUUUUGGAGGAUCAUGAGACACGUGUACUCAAUUUCUCGGAUAUUCUGUCGCAUGACUUUGCACGAAGGACCUUGUAUGAACUAACAAUUCACAUGCUAAACUUGGAUCAAAUAAUAACAAGAAAAGAGUCGGCACUACCAAGCUGUUGUUUUGGUGCUCUCAAUCAGCUCCAAUUAUCAGAGUUUGAUAACUUAAGAGAGAUAACUUGGAUGGAAACAUGUCCAGCAUCUCUAUUCCCAAAGCUCACGUGUUUGUUUGUGGACUACUGGCAAGAGCUAAAACACCUCUCUUGGGCGAUGUAUCUGCCUUGCCUCGAACAACUCCACAUAUUUAACUGUAAUGUGAUGCAGCAACCAUUUGUGAUGCACCAUGAUGAUAACAAGUUCGGCGAACAAGACAGUUCAAAUACAUUUCCCCGCCUCAAAUAUCUGACAUUUUCAUGUUGCUCAUCGCUGGUCAGUAUUGGUGAUCCCGAUGUGACAUUCCCAUCCCUAGAGCGACUGGAGUUUGAACAUUGUGCAGAAUUGAAGAGUCUUCCUUUCAACAUGGACAACUUGCCACGAAAACUGCAGUUUGUGCAGAUUGAUGUUAAAUCCUGGGAGAGAAUGAAAGGGGAAUUGGAAGAAGGUGUCAAAUCUUUCCUGGAACCCAAGCUUAAAUUGUUUGGAGUACUAUGAGCAAUCCGUCCGUUCCUCUCCAUGCUUCUUUCUGGGCCCAGCAAGGAUAGGCAACUGUAUCAGUAAUUCAGUAUCUCGUGUGGGAGUUGUAUCGUGCAUGUUUAUGCAGUGUCAUGGAAAUUGCUUCCUUUUGGCUCCCGAGUUGUAUCCAUGCUACCUGUUGGCGAUGCUGUAAUAAUUCUUAGCGACUUGUGUCGACUGUCGAGGUGUUUCCAUUUGUGUGCAGGCUGAUAAAACAAGCUAUAUAUGAACUAAACGUGUGCAAUUUUUAUUCUUAUUUCAUGAUUAUUGAAGUUUAAAAGUGCUACAUUUUGAACGGGAGCGCAUCCUUUUUGAUUCAGUGCUGCCCUCAUCUUUGAAUCUCUACAGUCUCCUCUCCUGUUUUGAAGCUGAAUGCAUCCCUUUUCCAAUCGAUCUGUGCCAACCAUGGUACUAUCUUGGUCAAAUGUGUGGAGCUUGGUUGCAGCUGGAGCAUGUUUGAGAAUUUCUUUGUUGCAGCUGGAGGAGGAUCGGAGCUUGGUUGCGCACCAGUUUACUGGGCAGUGGGCACGGACAUGCUCUCUUGGAACUGAAGGAAUGGUGUGUUGUGCUUUCUGGUAUGGUACUAGCAGCAGUACUCAGUUUCAGAAUUUGAGCUAGUAUUGGCCUAGCGGUAUUUCUUUUCUCACCAUGCUUUGGGACAUGGCAUAACUGUACUUUGAGAAGGAUGCCUUCUCCCGGUUACUAUUUUGACAGAAUUUUUUAGAAGACCACCAUGGUUUAACUGUGAGCACCGUGCGGCCUUCAACUGCCUGAAUUUUCAGGCCCAACAGUACAAAAAGAAAAAGGAUUGUCCGCUUCAGUGUCAGUAGUCAAAUCUCUGUACUUUUUUCGCUCCUCUCUUCUAGUGGGAAAAGCGGCAGCUCAGCAUCCUUCUGCUCCGUUUCCGUGACCGUUUCUUUUUGUGGCCUCCAUUAUUGACCAAUCUCUACCUUGAAAGUUGAAAGGGAGCGUGUGCAUCCCCUCCAGCCACAAGAAAAGAUGCCUCCCUUGCCUAGUGCAACUUCUUGAAAGCUCUCCGGCGGCUUCACUUCCUGGCGCCUUGCUCUUCUAUCGCUGAUUCUUCCACUACUGUCCGCGACUCCAGAACUCGUUUUAGUUUUACUUGCGCAAUUCUGGAGAGGGGGCAUAAGUCGUUUGUGAUCAAGACAGGGGAUCCACAGUGAGUACUUCUGAUCUUACAAUCUUUUUGUUGGCCGUGGUUAACGUUUUCUUCUGUUAGUUCUAUAUUACUGUAAAUUGUUGGGAGUAAUAGUCUGACUACACGUGGUUAAUCGGCCCAGAUCGCCGCAAAAAAACUCAAAACAGGGGAUGUAAUGUACAGGAUAGGUUUAGAGCUCGCUGUAGGUGUAGCAGGAAAGGCCGAGGGCAGAUUUGCAGAGGGAGUAGGUCAGGGAGAGGGUGCCGGUGUCCAGAAGCAUGGGCGGCAGCUGAGUGCAGAGUGGAAGAUAAGCCGUACGAAGAAGACGGCAGUCGGCUAGCCGGCGGCUAAGCCGGCGAAUUGCGCAGUCGAGUCGUUGUUGCUAGCCGUGAUUUUCAUCGACUCAAAAAUCUAGCCAAGGUUCUCAGGUUGAUUACCACGCCUGCUUGUUCCUCAUAGUUAAACAAAUUUGGCUUACAGAUGCUCUUCUUGCAUGAUCGGUAGCUGCGUGUUUGGACAUUCAUCCAAAUGCAUGCCUGAUGCAUCAUCGCAGCUCUAUGUUCAUCGUUUGUUUGCUUGAAACUUAUUCUAGUUACCUAUGCCAUCAAGCGCGCGUGUUGAGUUUUGAGGAGGAGAUAUUCAUAACAUUUUCCUGCUAGCUGAGAUUCCUUGUUUUGCAAUGUUUUCCCACUAAGCAGGGCCGGUCCUGAGAUUUCUGUGGCCCCGGGCGAGAUUAGAAUCCGGCCCCCCAUAAUGUAAACAUCAAAAGAAAUUCAAUAUAUGUACUUCCUCCGUUCCUAAAUAUAGGUCUUUCUAGAGAUUUCACAAGUGACUAAAUACGGAGUAAAAUGAAUGAAUCUACACUCUAAAAUAUGUCUAUAUACAUCCGUAUGUGGUAGUCCAUAUGUGGCUGUGGUGGCUGUGGUGCGGGCGUCUCGGCGGCGCCCGAUCCAGAUCUGAAGGCCUCCGUUUACUUCAACCAGGGUUGCCUCCGAUGGUUUGGCGGCUGGAGGUGGGAGGUGGCUCCGGAGAAAUCCGAGGCCAGCAGUGCUGGCCACGACGGCGGCGACGCCCGAGGGCGCCGUACCCUUCUUGUAGGUGCCGUCCAGGUUGCCUCCUCCCCCUCUUCCUUCCACUCAGCUCGUAUGCCGGGCGAAAGCCCAAAUCCUUGCCGGAUCGAGCGACAGCGGCGCUCCGGGCGUUGUCACCCUCUUGGGGGUGUCGUUCGUGGUGAGCUUGGGAUGGAUGUGAUGCUUUGGUUGCUUUGCGGCGGUUGGUGGCGUGGUCGGAGUUCGUCUGGUGGCGGUGCGUUGGCGCCCUGCCGCCUAUGUGCUCAGCCUAGGAGUCCUUCUUCCACGGUGCUUGGUCUUCAGCAGCCCUGCCGGACUCGGUGGAGCGGUGCUUCAUCCUACUCCUUGAUGGCGGCGUAUCUCGGUGGCGUGGCGCAGUGGAGAUACGGCGUCCGAUGUGUGGCGAUGGAUUCGCGCAGGAGGACGAAGUUGUCUGGUGUCGUGGUGCGUCGAUGGCUGAGUGGCCAGACAAGGUAGAAGCCUCAAUAUUUGCUCUGAAGACGGACCUGUGGAAGGUGGCGGCGACGACACACGAAUGCGUCGAACCGGUUUGUACCCUAGACCCAGUAUGUGGCUCGGCUGGGGCUUCCAGCUUUUGAUGUUAGGGUUAGGUGAGUGGUCUGGGUAGUGACCCAGCUAGCACCCCUUCAUCAUUUUGAUGUUAGGCUUAGACGAGUGGUCUGGGUAGUGGCCCAGCUAGAAAGCCUUCAUCAUUUGGAUAGGAGUAGUGGCAUAUGUUGCCAAGAUGGCGGAUUCAGGCAUAUUGUUGUAAUACUUUGUAAGGUCCUCGAGAAUAAUCAAUAAAGUGGCCGUAUGCAUCUCCCAGAUGCAGAGGCCGGGGGUCAAUCCUCCUUUUCUUAAAAAAAAGUAUGUGGUAGUCCAUUUAAAAUCUCUAAAAAGACUUAUAUUUAAGAACGAAUGGAGUAUAUGUGAAUCCUUAGCAGUAAACACUUGAAAUCCAUCCAAAAUCAAAUAAUGAAUAUUUUUACCUUAAAAUUUUCUUUUAAGAUUCCUAUAUCCAAAUACGUUGAUGAAGAGGUAUCAAUAUCAGUCCCAUUCACAUUUUAUCUACACGCAAAAAGUUACUAAACGAUUUAACCUCUCAUGGGACACUUUACAAACCUCACAUCACUUUUCCUCAAUAUAUAGCUCUGUACAAGAUGCACAUGCUAUUUCCAGUAGGGCAAUAACCACAUAAGGUAGAGCUCGAGCACAAAUGGACCCGUUAUCUGGGCGGUUCGUUAUGGCAUCGGGAUACGACGGGAUCCACUCCAUUGGCCAUGUCACGUGCGCCGUGAACCCUGGACGGUGGGCCAUGUUAGUGACGGAGCUAGAACGCCGUGGACGGAUCAAAGCAGAGCCGUGGCACAUGACGUUAUGUCCUUCCCGAUCCAUCGCCCAGGAAACUUCCUUUCUGGUUACCGGGACAGGCACUGAGUAAAUGCAGGGAUGGUGAGCUCGCUAGGGUUGUCUCCUACCUCCGCUGCCUGGAUUAGUCACUUGCGGAAGCGGCGGAGCUCAUCGGCGAUUCUCGUGCGCGAUCAGGGCCGAUCGGAACGGCCAAAAAUCGAGUUCCUUAUGCAGGUGAUUAAGAGGACCAGCGUGCUGGAAGAGGUGAACGGCAGCGAUAUUCUGAUGCAGCCGCGAUACUACCCAGUGUCGCGCCUAUGGUUGAGCUGGGUGCGAAUGGCCAGAUCUGUACCCGCUGAAGGGGCGGCGGGUGGAGGCCGAGAAGGGUCAGAGCACUAUUAGACAGAUCAACCCCAUAGCUCUUGGGUGGAAAAGAAGAGAUGGGGGCAAAAGAACUUAGGUGGACUGUCAAGUGCACUCUGGUUUGAAACAAUCUGCACAUGCAAAUUGUGUAAGGGAGUGGGUGCCUAUGUUGGUACUGGCUGAACUGCUAUGUGUGUGGCCCUGUAAAUAUGGAUGCAGGGCAGACUCGUCUAUUAGUACAAGCUUCAGAAAUUCAGAACUAGAAUAAGCUGGAGUGAGGAUAGCUACUGCUGUGUCGGGAAGGACGCCAUGUCCUAACCAGACUACUGCUCUGGAGAAGGCUAUCCCUGGUUUGCCAAUAAUCCUGGGGACAAUGGCAUAGUGCCAACUUUGGGUAGAAGCUUUGAUUAUGUUAUUUGAAGCCUACGACUUCUACAACUUGUAUUCGUGGGAGAAACGAUUUGGCAUUAUAUACGAAAAAGGACAGGGGGAGGCGGGGGUUGAGAACACUCAGUCGUGCCGUUGAGAAUGCCCUGCUCUCAUCAGGUUGUUGAGAUCCAAGGUCAAUGGUUGGUACAUAGCAGAACACCGUGAGGAGCACAACCACUCCUCGUCUCCUAUGUUUGGACAAAGAAUACACUGACCAUCGCCACAAGCACAUUGAUUUAUACAUUUGAGACCUGGUAAAAUAGCAUCAUGGUAAGUUUCUUUGGAUCCAUGGAGAAUGUGCCAUUCACAGAAAGAGCCAUAAGGAACUUGUGUGGGAAAAUUAGCCGUGAUCAGGCCGAGGAUGAUUUGAGGAAGACUAUGAAAGUGUUUGCGGAGCUUGGUUCAAAGGAUCAGCACUUCACAUAUAGCGCGGAAGCUGACAAAGAGGGGAGGAUCAGCAGUCUGAUGUCGGCAAAUGGAAUAGCCAAUUGCAGUACACAUUCUUUGGUGAUGUCAUAACCUUCGAUACGACCUACAGGACAAACAUGUAUAAUAUUCCCUUUGGCUUGUUUGUCGGCAUGAACAACCAUUUUCAGAGCAUCGUAGCAUCGGUUUUGGUUCGUGAUGAGAAGGUUGAAAGCUUUUUGGGUUUCAAGUGAAUUUCUGAGGAGCUUGCAGCACAUUGUUGGGCGGGCUGGGCAGGCCAAACUGAGAUUGCCUCGUCCCGUGGGUUGGCUGUAAUAGGAGAAGGUGCUGCAAAGCUGGGCGGGCCAUGACCGAUGUAGCCUCUCUGAAGCUCCGCUGGUGUAUCUAUGCUUAAAGUGGUAUAUUAACUUGUGUGGUUCUGUUUUACAGGGGAGACCUGUAAUGAGAACUAACUUGGCCAUAGAGAGACAUGCUGGGAAGAUAUAUACAAGAGCAAUGUUCGAGCAAUUUGGACAUAUUCUACAUGAGUGCGAUGCUUACGAGGUUGAGGAGAUCAAGAAAGGGAAGCUGUACGCUACCAUGCACACUGAAGCAGAAAGGAGAGAGAAAUGGUGUGGGGUCUCAUAUAAAGUGUGCUCAGUGGAGGAGAGGAGUGUGAGUGUAGUCAAUUCGCUCACAUGGGAGUACUCUACAGUCAUGUGCUGAAGGUACUGGACUUCAUCCGCAUUAAGGAAAUUCCGCAGAAGCACAUAGUGAAGAGAGGCCCACGUCAUCUUACGCACUACCAGAAAGAUCAUGCCCACAGAAAUCCUUUUAGCUAUGGACAUUUCAAUAUGUAUAUGCAUGCCAUGGAGCCCUGUCCGUUUGGGUGACACAAGUGUUGAGGCUUAUGACCGUCUGAUUUCUCUUUUCAAGAACUGCAUGGUGGAAAUGCAAGCUUUUGUGGAGAUUAGGAAUGGGCUUGGACUGGAAGACAGUAUUCUGAAAACGGUGAUGUUGUGAAUCAAAUUCAGACUGAAGGGGCACUUGUCAUUGCUGGGAACAGAGGAUAAAAUAGCCUUGGCAACGAUGAUGUUAAUUCAAUAAAUGAGUCUGGGAAUAGAUUGGCAGGACUUUUGCCACCGACAAAGAGGAAGGAGAUGGGCAGGCCUGCGACCAGCAGUAGGAAGUGCCUUAUGAAGGGUUGAUGAAGAGGACCAUGUUUUGCACUACUUGCCGGCGACAGGGAAACAAAAAGACUACGUACCCAAACCGCGGAGAUGUGCCAUAGCAGGCUAGAAGACCGCCCGAUGCAAGAACUGUGGAGUCGAAGGCCACCGGUAGAACAAUUGCAACAAAGCAGCGGAGCUAUGUCUGAAAGAGAGUUGACUGAAAAAGUAGGGAUGUACCUGGGACAAUACCUGCAUGGUUAGGAUAAAUGGUUUAUGUGUAUGACAAUUUGCAGAUAAUGCAGACUGUUUGUUGUAGCUUGUGUCCUCAUGCUGAAGCUGCAAAUUUCCUUUGCGUGUGUUGAUACAAGUGUGUCUGAAUGUAUUUCUUUGAUACUUCCUGAGUGGAACUAGUCUGAAUAAAUAGAUUGUGGUCCGAAUAAACUGUA